AUGGCUCCUGGCAUUAUACCUGAACUGGACAUUGCCUUGGCUAAGUUAAGGGCCAACACUGGAAUCGAAUGGGGGCAGGUGUGGCUUCAUGAAGAUGCCAAAGCAGCUGCUCACCGAUUUAACAGCUCCAAACGCAGUUCCACCACCAAGUCUUCCACUAUGCAGGUGUCUGCUGUCGCUGGGUACGAGUCUCGCUAUCAGGACCUAGCAUCUGCCAUCAAGCGAAAUGUUCCUGAUGUGACGAUAAUCACGGGGCGGCGCUCCAGUUUGGAGGUAACAGUGAAUGGUAAACUGGCCUACUCUAAACUGGGGGCAGGAGGAUUCCCAGACACCAAGGAGAUGGUGGCGAUGGUGAAGGACGUGAGCCGUGGAGGAAAGGUGGAGAAAGUGAAGAAGAAGGAUAACAAGUGUUUUCUCCAAUAGAUGAGUGGUUAUUGAGAGAAUGAGAGUUUUUUUUUAAAGAUCCUGGGUCCUGAUCUGAUUCUAUUAAUGAUUGUUCACAAAUGAAACUAGGGAUGUGAACAUGAAGUUUAUAGUCAUUUCAACUCUGUGAUCUGAGGGAAAUACUCUCAUCCUGUGUCUCUGUGUUAUACUGUCAUGUCUUGUGUUAUUCCUUGUCUGUUUUUCUUUCCUUAUACAGACCAAGAUAUAACUAGCAUUUAGUUUUACAUUCUAGAAAUAUUGUACUCAAUGUAGACCUCUGCAGUUGUAUAGGCUGUACGUGUAUUUUUAAAUGAUCAAAUAAAUUCUAGGAAUCAAUUAGUAUUGAGUUUGUGUGUUGGGAGGGUGCUGUUGGACAUUUACAAUAAUGCUGUUGGACAUUUACAAUAAUGCUGUUGGACAUUUACAAUAAUGCUGUUGGACAUUUACAAUAAUGCUGUUGGACAUUUACAAUAAUGCUGUUGGACAUUUACUGGUGUUGUUGUGUUAUUAUUGGAUGUUGUGCCAGGAAAUCUUUCCCAUCUUCACUUUGCCUCUUUCACUUUCUUUCUUACCGGGUGUGAUGAUGCAAUAGAUAUACUGCCACGGCCUUUAUAGCGGUCAAGGGAUUUUAUUUGAUCUUAUCUGAUUUUGUGUGUAGGCUGAGACUGGAUUCUAUCCCCCAAAAAUGUUAUUCCUCUGUGUGUUAUAUAAUUGUAGAGGUACAAAGUCUUUAGUAUUUGUUUUUAUAUAGCUGUAUAAAGAUGACAG